AUGAAGCUGCUCAAUCUCCUCUCAUCCGCCGCUCUUGCAGCUGUGGGGUUCGCUGCUGCAAUAUUGCCCAAAGAUGUCUCCGGCUUGUUUGACCGCGGUGAGACGAGUGUCCGACUUUGUCCUGCCAAGUGCAACAUUAUCGUCUCCGACUGCAUCAACAAGGACCUUCUCGGAUUGGACACCUGCCAGCAGAUCAAGUGCCAAGACCGCGAUUGUGCUGCUUGCGACGCGAAAUGCAAGAAGGCUUCACCUUCCAGCAUCGUGAUGGCUUCCGAGGCUGAGCGUCGCGACACCGUCACAAAAGAACAAGAGGCCGCACCUGAUAACACCUCAAAGGAAGACAUCGAGCUUGCCGACAGCACGAAACUCUUCAUGUCACCGUACUGCCCCAAGUACUUAGUUGGAAAUCGCCAGGCCUGCAAGGAGAAAGGCAAGAGUGAGGCCGAAUGUAAUCGACAAGGUUGUAAUGGCAUGUGUUUGAAGACGUGCCAGUGGUGCGAGUCUUUCAGGGCACCACGCCCACCAACCUUCAUCGAGACGUAAUCUGCGACUUCCUGCGACUCUCGCGAUGCUUUCAUAAUGCGCCACAGUCGGCAAUAUUGAAGGGCUGCGGUGGUAUUCCAAUAUGUUUGCAAGCUGUCACUCGUAAGCGAGUAUUUGAACCAAAGUGGG